AUGUCCUCUAGUAAUCCCGACUCCUUGCAAGUGCCCCCGAGAGGCGAUCCGCAGUAUUCUACGGAUGAUUCUGAAAAAGGGGAACCGGAACCCACAGAUUGGAGCAAGACCUACAUUAAAGUACCAAACGGUAUUGAUAAACAAGGAAAUUCAGUUUUACGAUGGAAGGAGUGUGGUAGGGAUAACGCGAAAUCCUUCAUCGAGUCCAACGGUAUCGAUAUCGAUAACAAAAAUCUCGUCCGACUCUCGCAUAAGGACUAUGACACGAUCAAAAGUGAACUCUCGGCUGUUUCCUUCACGCAAUUUAGGCAAAGUGGUGCUGCUUUUUCGGCGCCCUCAAGACUUAAAGUGACUAACAAGCCAAACCCAGUUGGACAUGACGGCCAGCUCGUUCUCCCCAUGGCAUCUGGCUCUAACUCCACCUUGAGCGGAAAUUUUAGCCCCAAGUCUCCCGUUCAUGCUGAAGGCGACAUUCGAAUCAGCUCGUCUGCUCCAGAUACCUCCAAUGCCUCAUCGGUUGCAUCCAGUCCCACGGCAGACCCGUACUUUCUGUCUCCCAAUCGUGGUCUCAGAAGAAGUAAUGCUUCGGGAGGACCCAGAAUAAGUAAACAGCCUUAUACUGGAGGCUCGGACGCAAGUGGUGAAGGAUCACAAUGA